GAAUUGGUGCUCUCUUUUUUUCCCUCCGAUUCGGCAGAUGCUAACGGAGCUACUUUACAAGAAGGAAACCCCUUCCUUUCGCAGAGUAAAAAACAUUGAAAACCUUAAAAUCGUCUGCUUCGUUUUUAAAAAAAGAAGAAGAUCGAAACCAGAGUUGCCUUAUUGUUCGCCACCGUUGGACUCUGGAGCAGUGGAAACAUGUCCUCCGGAGAAAUAAAUCACGCUUCUCCAUCUGGCAGUCUGACAGACAAAUCUGGGAUGAGGAAGAGGACCAGAGAGCAUGAAGCUGGGUCACCUGACUCUGACCAGCCAACCAAGAUGUUCUCCAAGUGUGAGGUCCAGGCUCUGCUCCAGCAGGAAGUGCAUAGUGCCAUGAAACAGUCUGAAUCCAAGAUGGAGUCGCUACUAGAGAGAGUUCAGCUACUGGAAUGUGAACCUAAAUACGACCUGGUCAUACGCAGACUGGAGGCUCACAUUAAGAAGGUGAAGAGGAGGGGGGAUGCUGCCAUCUCUUAUGUCAGGAUGCUACGAGCUCCUGGAGUUAAACGCAAUCAGAGGAGGCUGGGUUCUGGUCUUGUGGACCUGACUGAGACUGAGACUGAGAGAGGACUGAGCACUGUGGACAUCAGCAGGUCAGAUUCUGAUGAGGACGACUCGGCUGAGAAGCAGAGGAAGAGGAAGGUUGUCGAUGGUUUCUGGCAGAAAAUGAUGUCCAAUAAAAAAGCCCCAGACAGGAAGAGAGAAAAAGAGAGGAAUGGAAAGAAACACAACAUCCCUCUUCCUCCUACCACUCCUCCUCUUCCUCCGACCACUCCUCCUCGUUCUCCUGUUCUCUCUCCUCAAGUACUGAAGGUUGAGGCGUCUGUCGUCCCGGUGACCAGACCGCCAGCCACAUCGCCAGUUAAAAUGGAGGGCACGGUGAAGAUGGAAAACACCGUUAAGACCGAGGAGUCCCCGUGUCCUCUAGCCGCUCUUCGUGUUCCUCCGUCUCAGAGUGAGCUGCUGUCCCAUCUCCCUCCUCUCCCCCCGACCCCUUUCCCUUCCUCCCUCCCCCUCGAGGCGGCCUCCUACUCCAUCCCCCAGAAGCCCCUUGUACACCUGGCCCGUAUCCGAAACCCUGCCCCGUGUCUGGUCAUCCACUGGAGGGUCACUGAGGAAGACGCCGCGGCGCCCGACAUGGACAGUUACAGUAUCUACAUCGCUCAGGAGAGUCAUAGCAGCAGCGUCUCCCCGUCCUGGAGGAAUGUGGGUGUGGUCAAGGCCCUGGCCCUGCCCAUGGCUGUCACGGUAACCAAGUACCAAUCGGGUACCACCUACGUCAUCGUGGUGGGCAAGGACCGGUAUGGUCGUUACGGACCGUACAGUGACGUACAGACUGUCCUCCUGGCAUAGAGACAUGGCGGGGAGUUCUUGUCGUCUAGAUUGAAGGCAUUGAGCAUCUGUGGGGGGGGGUUUACUCCACCCUUGUACUUGAUUUGAUGAAUUUAAGGUCACUAAUUAGUGAGGAAGUAAUCUGAACGUAGACCUAGUGAACGACAUAGAGACUUCACCUAGCUAACCUGAAAUAUUAGGCUGACGAGGACGGGGUUAAAGCAGGCAGGAAAGGUAGACUGGGUGGUGAUUCGUCCUUCGUCACCGCGGUAACCAACCCGGGGUCGGUCCGUUUUACGCAUGUUUAAUCACUCGUCUUUAAUCUCUGAAACCCGGAACCAACGUCUGGCCUAGUUGAGUCUACUCUGUUAGUAUGUCUGUCCUAGUUGAGUCAACUCUGUUAGUAUAUCUGGCCUAGUUGAGUCUACUCUGUUAGUAUAUCUGUCCUAGUUGAGUCUACUCUGUUAGUAUAUCUGUCCUAGUUGAGUCAACUCUGUUAGUGAUGUUGGUAUAUCUGUCCUAGUUGAGUCAACUAUGUUGGUAUAUCUGUCCUAGUUGAGUCAACUCUGUUAGUAU